GUGGCAUUACAUUGUGCUCGGUAUCCUCUGAGACAACAUGUUUUUGUUGUUGUUAACAGUUGUUGUUGUGUUGUGGAUAGCGUUGUUCAGGUUCCGAAGAAGACGCAUGUAUCAAUUAGCGGCAAAGAUUCCGGGACCCAGCGAGGAGUUGCCUAUUUUAGGGAUAGCUCACGUAUUAGCCGGGGGAACUGAUGAUAUAAUGAAGACUUUACAACGCUUAAGUUACACAGCAAUGGAGCAUGAUGGAAUACUACGCUCCUGGAUAGGAUAUAUUUUAUACUUUCUUGUUACAGAUCCUGUCGAUUUAGAAUAUAUACUAAAGACUUGCUUGGAAAAGGACGAUCUUCAUCGUUUUAUAAGAAAUGUGAUUGGGUACGGUGGAAUAUUUGCACCAGUGUCUAUAUGGAGAAGACGCCGAAAGAUUUUAGUACCGGCCUUCAGUCCAAAAAUCGUAGAGAAUUUUGUUGACAUAUUUUCUCAACAAAGCGAGAAGAUGGUAUUGAAGCUUACAGAUUAUGCUAAUAAAGGUCCUGUCAAGAUGUGGAAUUUCGUAUGCACGUAUACAUUGGACUCCGUGUGCGAGACUGCAAUGGGCGUGAAAAUCAAUGCACAAGAUAAUAAAGACACACCAUUCCUGAAAUCUAUGCAAAUCAUUUUACAUUUAGUAUGUGAAAGAGUUUUUCAUUUGUGGUUGCAACCAGACUGGCUGUAUAAAUUAUUCCCACGAUACGUGACCCAUGAAGAGAAUAUAAAGGUGAUGCACGAUUUCACCAACAAGGUGAUAUCUAAAAAGCGAGAGGAAUUAAAACUAGAAAAGAAUCGCAAGUCAGAAGUAGAUCAUGAUUUCGACAUAGGUAAUUAUCAAAAUCAAACUUUCCUCGACCUGCUAGUCCGUCUGUCGGGCGGUGAGCACGGCUACAGCGACGUGGAGCUGCGAGAGGAGAUACUAACAUUGCUGGUGGCGGGCACGGACACCUCCGCCGUGGGACUCGGUUACACGCUCAAACUGCUGGCCAUGUAUCCCAAAGUGCAGGAGAAAGUGUACGAAGAAUUGCGCGAAGUAUUCGGCGACUCCGAUCGACCAUUAGUUAAGGAGGAUCUGCUAAAAUUGAAAUACUUGGAAAGAGUACUUAAAGAAUCGCUCCGAUUAUUCCCACCGGUGCCGUUCAUUAUCAGGAAAAUUUUAGAAGAUGUUACUUUACCUUCAGGAAGAGUACUUCCUGCCGGGUCGGGUGCAGCGGUCAGUAUCUGGGGCUUGCACCGCGACCCUAAGUACUGGGGCCGGGACGCCGAGGUCUUUGAUCCUGACAGAUUCCUGCCGGAAAGGUUCAACCUGAAGCACGCAUGCUCCUUCAUGCCGUUCAGUAAUGGUCCUCGAAAUUGUCUCGGUUACCAAUACGCAUUAAUGUCAAUGAAGACAGCGCUGACCGCGAUAGUGAGGCGUUACAAGAUUGUCGGGGAAGAGGAAUCCGGCCCUGUCCCUCAUAUCAAGUCCAAAAUUGACAUCAUGAUGAAAGCUCUUGAUGAUUAUAAGAUUAGUUUAGAAAACAGAGUUGCUUCAUGAAUGUAUAAAUAACUAACCAAUCUUAGUAGUGAUCCAUUAAAUCGUGAUUAGUAACUUUUCAACUCACACCUGGUGAUGUGUGAUGAGGUUUUAGAGUACCCUACCCUCUCCUGUCAUCUCGUGUUUUGUUUUUGGAAGUCAUCAUCAUCGUCCCCACCUUAUCCUACUCCCGAAGGGUCAGCGCACCGUGUUUUCGUCCUAAUAAUGCCAUCAUCCUUUAUCUCAGUCGUCACUCUCUUCUCGAUAAUGUCACUGUUCACGCAAUUCAACCAUCUCUUACUAGCUCUACCGGUGUUCCCUUCCGCACUCAUAACUAACGUUCUUCUUGGUACAUGCGAUUCAUCCCUCCUCAUAAUAUGCCCAUACCAAGCUAACCUGUUAUUCCUUAAUUUCUUUACGACUGAAGCUACUCGCAAAUUUAAUUAUCAAGUAAUUUUAAAAUAAUCAUAAUAUUAUUAAUUUAUUCAUUACUCUUAG